AAUGCUUCGUAUAAAUUAAAUGAUACCCUGGAGUGAAAGGUGUAUAUGACCCAGGUCGUGGGGCCCAGUUGCCUAGUUGACUACUAUGUGCGGAAUGUGCCGUGCAGGCCCCAACCUCAAUGCGCAAUUUGCACAAAAUGUCUGUGCUGCUUACCCAACAAUGCAUGACUGCUUACACAUUAAACCUAAUGGGCUGGAAAAGCUUAAAGCUUUCCGUGCCAUAGAGGCGGAGUGUGUCACUAUACCGAGACCUUUCACUGCGACCCCAUAACUCGAGAGCAUGGGAUGGGGCUGGACGCACGAAUACCUUUCAUAGAUUUCGGGCACCCAACUGUAGAUGGGGACCGCCUCACCGACUUCCAGUACAUAAGUAAAGGCGGCUUCGCAUUGGUAUUCGUUGCAAGCUAUUCAUGCAAUGGCGGUACAGCAUGUCGAGUGGCAGUCAAAGUACUCAAGCCGGAGAACCAUCAGCGGCCCGCCAGCUACACCAAGUUCCUGCAGGAGGUGGCUUUCCACUCCGCCCUGUCCCACCCGUCGAUCGUGAGGUCUCUGGGCUUCUGCAGCGUCCCGAUUGAGAAGCUCAUUGGCGCGACACCCCCGGGCAUACUCCUCCCUGCCGGCGCCGGCGGCGGUGACACGGGUACCGCGGGGGGCCGCAAUGCCAGGGCCAAGGCAGCUCGGGAAUGGUUUGCGGAGCAGCGGCUGGACAGCUGCUGGGCGCUGGUGCUGGAGCUGAUGCCGGAUGGCAACCUAUUCGACCAAGUCCAUGCGGCAGCAGCAGCAGCUGCUGCUGCCGGGGGUGCAGCUGGCGCUUCGGGCACUGGCAGUGCUGCUGCUGCUGCUGUCGGCUCUGGGACGUCUGUGCCGGCGGAAGCAAAGGCGCACGCAGCAGCAGCAGGGUCAGCACCAGCAGCAGCAGCUCUGGUGCCUGGGAGCUACAGUGACGCGCAGGCGCUGACAUGGCUGAUCGAGUUGGCUGAUGCCAUGACCUACCUGCACAGCAGACAGCCGCUGCUCAUUCACCGAGACCUGAAGCUGGAGAAUGUGCUGCUGCGCCGGGAGGCUGACGGCGUGCUGCAUGCGAAACUGUCUGACUUUGGUCUCAUGGUGGCCGUUAACGAUGCGGGUGAGAAGCUGCCGAGCCCUCGGGUGCUCCGGGCGCCCGGACAGAGCCUACGCGACCUGCAGCUGGGGCCCCGGCAGCAGCAGCAGCAGCAGCGGGACCCCUCCCCGGCUGCAGCUGCGCCAGCUUGGAACUGGCCGCAGCUGCUGCUUCGGGGCGGAGGGCGGCAGGCCGCGCAGAAGCAGCAGGGGGCGACAGCAGCAGCGGCGGCGCGGGGCCAGCCGCAGCCGCAGCAGCAGCAACCCCCGCAUGCGCCGGCCCAGGCCCAGUCUCCGGCUCAGCAGCAAGAGGAGAAGUCGGCGGUGGAGGCGGCGGCUGCGGCAGGUGCGGCUGCUGCCGGCCUGCCGGUUCGCCACCGCACGCGGGGGCGCUCACACUCCUGCCCUUCCCUCAUCAGCCUUGCUGGCCCCCGGCCCAGCGGUGUUGCAUGGAUACAAGGCCCCGAUGCAGCAGCAGCAGCGGCGGGAGCAGCACCAGCCCACCGCAGCACGUCACCCAUGCCCCAGCCCCUGACGCAUGAGAACUUCCGGCUGGGCUGCGGUACUGGGACCGGAGCUGGCAUGGGGUCUGCUGGCGUGCUGGGUGGCCCUUGCUCCGGAUCAGUCAGCCCGAGGGGCCUGCUCGCCAGCCCGGGCGGCAAGGCAACCGGCGGCGGUGGCGGUUGCGGGAUGGUGGGACUUGGGCCGGGGCCUGGGGCGGUGCCAGAUGGCGUGCUGGCAGGGGUGGCGAGCCUGCCAGAGGCACUACCCGGGCCGCGAAUGUCGGAGACGGGGCAUUCACAGGUGAGGCUAAGCCAGCUGAGCGGCUUGCUGCGGAGGGGCAAGGGCCACGCGGACUUCCUGCCCGACAUCUUCCAGAUGACCUUCAAGCUCACAGGGCAGUGCGGUUCCGUAUGCUACAUGGCGCCCGAGGUGGCCCGGCAGCUGCCGUACAACCAGAAGGCCGAUAUCUUCUCCUUCGGCUGCAUCAUGUUCGAGCUGCUGACGCGGCAGCUCAUGUCCGACGGUAUCGCCAACGGUGACGUGGAGGCGGCCAUGGCGUACCUGAGCCGCGUGAGUUGGAGCGGAUGGCGGCCGGAGCUGCCCAGCGGGUUGCCUCGGGAGCUGCGGCUGCUGAUCUCGCUGUGCUGGCACCGGGAACCCCGACUUCGACCCAACUUCGCGACCGUGGUCAAACACCUCCGGGAGGCCCUCUGCGCUGCCGCUGCACCGCGUGUGCCCCUGCCGCUGAAGCCCUCGGUCUCCGAGGAACAACAACAACAGCAGCAGCAAUGUCGACAGGCGCUGUUGCAGCAGCAGCAGCUAAUGCAUCCAACGCAGCGGUAUUUGCUGCCGGCGGAGCAACAGCCGCAACAGCAGCAGCAGCAGGCAUUACAGUUGCAACCGCUUCAGUUGCAACAGCAGCCAUUACAGUUGCAACCACUUCAAUCGCUGCAACUGCAGCAGCCUCUGCAGGAUCAACAGCAGCAGCAGACAGAACCACGAGGCCUGCUGGAGCGGCAUGUUAGCACCCCCGUGCUGCUCCAACACCAACACAACCACCACCAAAUGUACAACGUCAACCUCCAACAACAAGCACAGCAGACGCAGCAGCAGCAGCAGCUACUAGCCCAUCAGCAGCACCAGCAGCAGCAGCACCUGCGGAUGCAACUCCAGCAACUGCAGCAGCUCGCGUUAACGCAUGCAAUCAGCGUCAAGCGGCUCGGCAACCACGCGAGCAGCACCCCUGGGAUUACCGGUAACAGCACCACCGGUACAACAGUUACCGUUACCGCAACCACCCCUGUGCCCCCCUUCCCUGUUGUACAACAACAACAACAACAACAACAACAGCUACUGCUGCAGCCGCUCCUGCUAGGGCCCAGCGGGCUGCCCUCACCGGCUGCGAGCUCUAGUUGCACGACAAUGACGUACUCCUCCGCUCGUCGUAUUUCAAGCCCGGUGUUGGGAACAGCUGCAAUGCCGUCGCCGCAACAUCAGCUGCAGCAACAGCAUCUGCAGGCAGUUGCUUGCUUCCCCAUGCAACAACAGCAGCCACUGCACCUGCACCUGCAGCACAUUCAGCAGCAGCGGAGGCACAGCACGGCGGCAGCGCCGCUCGGGACUCUGGCUGG